GCGGGAACACACGAAUUGCGGACCACUCGGAAUAUGCACAUCAUGAUAAGAUGACAUGAGAUAUGUUUCGGGAAACUCAUUUUCUGUCAUGGCCUUUCAUCUAAAUAUGCGGGAAAUAGUCAAAUUCCUCCUUCAAACUGCUAUUGUCAUCUCAGCGUUUGAAACCGUUCGGACCCAAGUUUCGUGUGCCAGCCGUCGGUGUAAAACACAACUCCAAAACGGUGAGUCACAAGAGGUCAGUUUCCCAGGGAGCUUUGAAUCCGUGAUCGGCACCCUCGAUGAGGUACGAUGGACGAUUACGGCAUCAAACCAACAAAAGCGAAUCGCCUUCGUCAUCGAGGAAAUCAACUGGCCGAAGACCGACCUCAAAUUCGAAGACCAGAAUCCGAACCAGGUUGCGAUCCGGCACGAAGGAAAUGUUUUUCCGAUCUUUCCCGAAUACAACACUCAGGUGAUCAAAUCGGGGAUCUUCCUCUCCGGAACGCACUCGAUGAGGAUGGAAAUGGAUAUGCCGAUUAUUGCCGAGCUCCCGAGUAUACCCUCGUUCAGAAUGAAGUUUACAGCAUGCACAGUCCAAGAGAUAUUCCGUUGCAAACUAAGUACUACAUCCUGUGAUAUGGAAUCUACUUCACACUGGAAACGAAAAUCAGACGGUUACGUUUACAAGGGCAGCACGACCACCGAUGAGGGCGCGCUCACAGUUCACUUACCCAAAGGAACCAAGCUUGCGGGGAAAGGAUACGCUUCCUUCGGUUACGUGUUCGACUACCAGGGCAUCAUGGGUACCAGCGGGGGCCAGUCCAAGGAUGAGGAGGGGAGGGUCACCGUCGAGUGCCCAGGAAGAAAAAAUUUCGGGAUUUCGGAAGAUGGGGUGACCCAGUUGGUCGUUGACUGCAACGUCGAUGACUUGUCGAUAACAUUCACAGCCCACGGGAGCUUACGGCUCGUUAUCACUGACGUCGACUUACACGAUGCCAAGAUCUCCAUGGGCAUCGGUGAUCCAGAGCCAUCUUCAGAUUCAUCAGUGCUUCCUGUCAUUGCUGGAAUCUCCGUCUUCAUUGGUCUGGUGGUGGUCUCCGUUCUAAUGAUUGCUAUCUUCCGCCGAAAGAGGUCACAAGACGCAGAAAAGUCACAGGAAAGAAAUUCUAAGCAAACGCUCGACAAAGGCCAUGAUAACACUGGAUUUCAACUCGGGAACGUCAGAACCAUUGAAGAUCCUGAUGAAGGUACUUAUCACUACCCGAGCUUCCCUCUUAGUCCUCCCCCGAAGGAUGGAGACACCAUCUAUCAAGAGAUCGAAAAGAAAGACAAGAAGGGUCAUUCGCCAUCUCCAAACGCCAAAGACAACCGCGAAGUCGGGAAAAAUGCCUACGACCUUCUCGAACUACCUAAAGACGGAAGUCUCGAUUCCAACAAGAAGGUGUCCCGAUCUACGGAGAAGUUGCCGGUACCAAGUUCCCCAAUGUUGUCCAGGUGUAAGAACCGAGGCAUGGGAUACGAGAACUUAGAUGGCACCAACGAGCCAACGUCCAGCAAAGACACAGCGCCACCUUUCGCGGAGGACAAGGGCGUCUCUGAAAAGGAGACCCAGCGACCGAAACCGUCUCCAGGCGAGUGUGAAUAUCUGGAGAUCCUAUCGUCAGAAGAGAUCGAGUCCUUAAAACUGCAGGACAAGAAUGGACAACCUGUCCUGGCUCACCAGGAUCUCUAUCAGCAUCUCAAGCGUCAGGAUAUUCCAUUCAACGCAUCGAGACAGGGUCAGGCAGCAAGAGACGUGUCCUCUGAAGGUCCGGAUGUCAGCGAGGAGAACUAUGGAAAGCUUGACAUUGCCAUAGACAACCAUCCUGCACCUCCUGACUACUUUGUUAUCGAGGCAAAUACUGAUUGUUAACAUGGUUUAGGGGCAAACCUCUGGUAACAUGUUGAUCAAAGGCUGAUUUACGGCUAGGCUCUGUAAAAGACGUUUUAACGUUAUUUUCUUUUUUUUCAUUUGAAAACUAUUGACCGUUUAACAAUUAAACUGUUAUAUUCAUAAGAUAUAUUAGAAUCAGGUUGGACGACCAUAAAAGU